AUUAUUAUCACUUCCUUACCUAGUCCACUUCUCUACUCUUAAUCCCCUUCUAUUACACAUAAUGAACAAUGAUCAUCCCUGUCGAGGCGCUAACACCUGUUGCUUCCCCUCUUUUACAACUUCCAAAGAUGCGCGUCAGCGCUGAGAAAACGUCCAUGCGGUGAACUUAUAUCAAGAACAGCCUUCAUAUAACCAUUUAUCUAUUUCAAUCCCGUUCAGGAUCUCAGGCACAUAUAAAUUUCUUCAGCACCUACCAAAGCCAGCAUACUCUACCGUCAAGGCAUUGCAAUGCCAGAGAAAUACCCCGUUUCCCUCAUCAGAUUCACCCUCGCUCUGGACGACCCCGAUCUGCCCAGUCCAAGAUACCAUACAACCAUCUUUGUUGAGACCGAGAUCGACGGCAGCGGCUGGCUACACCAAGUCAACGGCGAUAUCACCUCCCCUGGAGGAAUGCAGUACGAUCCCAAAUUCAGCAGCAAGCCUGAAGACACCGAGAACUUCUACUCGAGCGCACCGCUAGGUGUGACGGAUGCAUCUAUCUACCCUAGUGCAUGGAAUGCGUUACUGAGAGGCCUGCCGGCUCCUCCCAGGCAAAAGGCAUUUAAUACGAAAACAUUCAAAACAGAACCCUUCAAGACCUUGGAGCCCUUGACGUUCUACGAGCCGGGAGAACCAAGAAGGCCGUUGGUCAAGUGCACCGAGUGGACUUUGAAUGGAGCUAUCCCAGCUCUCAGAUCGGCAGGGCUUAUUCAGUAGGCAGAUGUCAAUCUUGAAUAUGUAUACCACGAGAAACAGAGACAGCCUACUUCUAUACCAAAACUUCC